GCUCAAGCAAAUGACAACACCGUCCAGUCACUACGCAACGAAAACGACCAGCUCAAGCGAUGCAUCGCCGAACAGAGAGCUCAAAUGCAAGAGAUGAACGCCAAGUUGAACCAACUCAUCAACGCGCAGCAGCAACAGGCGACUCCGACACUGCCACCGUCGCCGCCGCAGAUUCAAUCAAGACCCCCAACGCCAACGGAAAACAACACAAACUCAGCCAUGGAGGUACAAGCCCCAGUUACCACAGAAGCCAACAGCGCAGAACCCGAAACGAUCGACGUUGCUAGGACAAGCGAACCGGCACCCAAGAAGCGAGCGCUCGAACACGCACGUGAACGAAGAGUCAACGCUAGGCUGGACAGCCUAGAAGAACGUCAAGAUCGACUGGAACAGACCAUGAAAGCCAACUACGAAACCCUGAGCCAAGCCAUCAAGGCUACUAACGAUCGCCUCGAUGCUACCAACGCACGCCUCGACACGUUGGUGACACCCAUACAUGGCAUGCAGUCUACCAUACAAGGAAUACAGACCAAGUUGGAUGCACUGAUACACGCGCUUACGGCGUCAGGACUAAUCACACAACAGGCCUUCACCCAACCGCAAUAAUGGACGGGACAACGGCAACAGGCACCGCUAUCCAGAGAAACAGAGCACGGACACAACAGCAUCACCUCCUCAUAUGGCAAUGGAAUCCCAACGGCAUACAGGGGAGAAAAGCAUCGUUACAACAGUACAUACAGCAAAGCACCAAGAGACCCGACGUUAUAAUACUACAAGAAACGCACAGUGAAACCCCACCGACGUUACCGGGGUACAGAUCCUUUGCGAAGCCCCCCAGCGCACGAACAGUUGGGAAAGGCGCAGGGCAGGGGGUCUGCACCUUGGUGAAGAAGAAUCUAACCUCAGUAGAUCACGAGCUGCUACCCAACGGCGCCAUCGAGCACACCACGGUCGAAAUCGUCACCGGGAAGCGCAAGUGCCGUGAAAGCACUUUUAUAAUCAACGUGUACAGCAAUCCGAAGCACUUCCAGCAAAAAUUCCGCACUCUUGUGCACAAAGCGCAACAGCUCGCGGGCUCCAACGUAACCCUACUGUGUGGAGACUUCAACGCUCAACAUACGGCAUGGGGGUAUCCAUACACGACGGCGAAGGGCCACAGCCUCUACGACGAAACAAUGGACGCAGGUUACCAACUGCUAAACGACCCCAACGCACCUACGAGAAACGGAACGUCGACGCAGCGAGACACAAACCCGGACCUCGCCUUCAUAAGCACGGCCUCGGCACUGCGUGGUGUCACGUGGCGGAACACCGGGGAGACGUUGGGAAGUGACCACUGUAUACUCGAAAUUACAAUACCCAUCGCAGAGAGCACGCAAAGAGCACAGCAACAGCAAAUCGUCGACUGGCACGAGUACAGAAAGAAAUUAGAAGACAACGUUACGGAAACCAUUGAAGACAUAGAAGCAUGGACCAACAUGUUGAACGCCACGACCAAAGACGCCACUCAGACGGUAGAAGCGGAGCUGGAGGCUACGAUGCUGGACAGCAGACUAGCCCACCUCAUGGAAGCCCGCAACUCGCUGAGACGGCGCUGGAAACGUCAACGCCACAACAGAAAACUACGCAAACGUAUAGCACAACUCAACAGAGACAUCGAGCAUCACAGCGCAGUCCUCUGCAGACAGCAGUGGCACGCGGUGUGUCAAGAAGCCGACGGUCAACUACACAAAGGCAAGACGUGGCGCCUGCUACGCCACUUGCUCAACGAUCAGACAACCAAGGGAGCUCAGCAUUACAUGCUGAACAAGACCAUUCACAAAGCCGUCAAAGAAAUGGGAGAGGCUGAGGUGCAACGACGCCUGGACGCCAAGUAUCUUCCCGUAACGCCAACGGAUCCACUCCCCAGCUACGAAGGGGCUACCAACGAGAGGCUCGAUGCCGACAUCGAAGAAUGGGAAGUGCGAGCGGUUCUACAAACAAUUAACUGCAAAUCGGCGUCCGGACCGGACCAAGUUACCAACAAAGCAUUGAGGAACUUGAACGACACGGCAAUCGAAGCCAUCACCAAGUACUACAACCAGUGCUGGCGGACGGGCAAGCUACCACAACAAUGGAAGACCGCGAAAACGGUCCUGAUCCCCAAACCGGGCAAACCACCCAGCAUAGACAACUUGAGACCCAUCUCUCUAACGUCGUGCGUGGGCAAGGUGCUAGAACACGUCCUACUCAACAGAUGGCAACGUUAUUUGGAAGACUCCAACAUAUAUCCACACACAAUGCUGGGGUUCCGGGCCAAACUGUGUACCCAGGACGCCAUGCUGUUACUCAAGAACGAAAUCGUGGACAGACAGUUUCCCACGUUGGAUAACAGAGCGGUGCUCGGGCUGGAUCUCCAGAGAGCAUUCGACAACGUACACCACUCGGCCGUCCUUCGGCAGGUGUCCCACCUCAACAUGGGGGAGAGGAUGUUCGCUUACAUCAAAGACUUCCUGACCAACCGCACCACGUGGCUUGUGGCAGGAGAACUACAACUGCCGCUCAAGCAGCUGGGGAGCACGGGGACCCCGCAGGGCUCGGUGAUCUCCCCUCUGUUGUUCAACCUCGUCAUGAUAGGCGUUGCAAGAAGAUUGGAACGUGUUAGAAACAUCAAGUACACGAUAUACGCGGACGACAUCACUUUGUGGUCAACGGGAGGAAGUGACAGCCAGAUCGAGGCAGCCCUCCAAGAAGCCGUCGUCGCCGUAGAAGAACACCUACGACCCACCGGACUCAAAUGUUCACCAACCAAGUCGGAACUGCUAGUGAUCUCACCGCAAAGUGCGCGACGCCCGACAACGCAGCACAUCAACGUGGUAACCCAAGACGGAACGCCGAUACCGCACGUGCAGACGCUCAGAGUUUUGGGGCUGCACCUCCAGGACCUGAACCGCAACAACGUGACGGUACAGAAGCUCCACGCAAAGCUCUCGCUGGCCACCCGGCUACUCAAGAAGGUGGCCACGCGGUACCAGGGCAUGAGAGAAGACAGUCUACUACGACUCACCCAGUCGUUUGCAGUCAGCCACAUCUCUUACGUGGCGUCGUUCCACAAUUGGAAAGCGGCGGAGAAGAUCAAGAUUGACGCGAUGAUCAGAAAGGCAUACAAGACGGCCCUGGGCCUAUACCCCCACACCAACACGGAACGCAUGCUCGCGUUGGGCGUUCACAACACGCUGGAAGAAAUCGCAGAAGCCCAGCGAACGGCGCAGUAUCACCGCCUGUCCCAGACCAGGACGGGAAGAACGAUACUACAACGCAUCGGAAUCAACGCGCCAGCGACGACCCCGGAGGUAGCAAAGCAUCUACCCCGGGACGUUCUCCAAAGACUGAGGGUACCACCCUUACCGAAGCACAUGCAUCCGCAAGUACACCAAGAAAGGAGAAUGGCGAGAGCCACGGCCCUCACAAAGGGUCACGCCAACGAUCCGAGCGCGUACUACGUGGACGUGGCGAAGUAUCCCCACCGGCCGAACACGUACGCAGCAGCAGUCAUCGCUGCAGACACCGGAGUACUCACAACGUCGGGAAGCAUACGGUGCAAGUCGCCCACGCAAGCCGAGGAGUUUGCAAUCGCACUGGCACUAGCGAUCCCGGAUUGCCGCACGGUCCUCAGCGACUCGAAGCCGGCAAUAGUCAACUUUGCUACAAACAACGUCCAUGGAACCACUGCAAGAGUAUGUUCAACAAUAGCAAGACCGGAAACCAACGUUACCGUCAAGUGGUUCCCUGCGCACGCCGGGGAGCUGGACGCGGGCCCGAACCGCAACGAGGAGGCAGAUACAGAGGCACACGCGCUAACUAGCCGCGGGUCUCCGUCAACACAUUCCUCGGAGUCGCAACGACCCGAUGUCGAAGACGAAGAGUAUUUAAUCACAACCUACGGCGACGUUCUGCAGUGGUACAGAACUAGCAGACGCCUCUACCCACCGCCUCACCGAGACCUACAACGCAGCGAAGCAGCCACACUACGGCAGUUGCAAGUACAAGCCAUAUGGACCCCCGUCUGGGCAAAGCACGUUUGCCCGGAGGUAUACACCACGUAUAUAUGCCAACACUGCAAGAAGGCGCGAGCCACCCAGAGACACCUCCUCUGGGACUGUGCGCCACCGCCGGGUAACCAAGAAGAAGCAAUGCCAACUGCCAUCAGCAGCAAGAUCAUCAGCCGAGAGCCAGGCAAACAAAGAGACGUGGUCCAGCACGUGCUUAGCAUCUUGGAACGCCAGCGGCCGAAAGCGGCGCCCCCACGGGUUUGACGCGAGUAGGUUGCUGCUCCGGGACGUUCGAGCACGCUAGUGUCUCGCUUUAAUUCCCCUACCCCUUCCCCCCUUUAUGCCGGAUCGUCAAUAAA